UAGAUGAACUAUUGUAUGAAUGUGUAGAAAACGAUGGAAGUUUCCUUUAGUUAAUCAUUAAACUAAUCUUGGCCUUCUUCGGAGCAGGUCCUCUGUACGAAGUCAGCCCACUGUUUAAAUCGGUUUUUGUACUUGAUAUAUUGUAUAUGGUGUACAAUAGCACAUUUCGUUGACGGUCAUGAUCAGUUUGCGCUGUAAAAGCGUAAAAUACUGAUUUGAAAUUGUGGGCUAACGCGGAAUCCAUCGCUGCGACAGCUUUUCAUGUCCGGUAUGACACUUUGAGUGUUUUGAGAUGCUUACCACCUCGGCUACCUCGCGCCAUUGAAUCUGCUGUCUGCCAUUAAGAGAUUAUUGGGUUUUGUCGCAUUAUUCUCCGUCCCAUCCCUUUUUCAGACAUCUAGGUGGGACUCAAAAAAAUGGACGUGCGGCCAUGUUGCAACUCGCUACACCAAUUUUUACUGCUGUCAUCGAGUUAUAGUAAACACCCAAGCGCGCCCUGCAUUAACUAUACGAUUUAUCAGACCGCCUUCGUAUUUAUACGUCACACAUGAGCGCUCAUUAACUGUUAAUAUGUUCAUUAGGAAGGCUCUGUACAGUACCAUAAAAUUAAAACCAGCUGCAUUGAAGUAAUUUCAGAUUAAUUAAUAAUAUACAAUGAACGCCACAAAUUUAAGUCAUCUUUUAAAGCAUGAUUGAUUUUUAGGGAGCUUUUUCAUUGCAGAAAUAUAUGAAGAUGCUUGGUCUUUGUCUGCUGAGACUCGGAGACGGUUCGUUAGGUAAGUAAGCUGAUUUCUCAUAAGGUCAUAAAUAAUUCAACUUAGAUAGCCUGUUCGUUGUGAUGCCUAGAAGUCCUAGGUAUAGAUCCAAAAGACCGUUGCAUAUCGAAAAAACACCUAGAGUACACAUUUUUUGAGGUGGCUUAUAACAAGUGCAGCCCAUUCGCCGGGUUUGUGAAAAGUAUGGGAACCACGAUGAUUUCACCUUUGUCUGGCGUAAACUGAGCAGUGUAGGAUAAAGUGUCUACACUUUUCCACCUCAUAUUUCUCAUUACAGCUUUGACAAGCGGCGGUCUCCAAAAUCUAUGACCUCACAGCGAGAGUACCAAUAGGACAAUGUGUUCAGUUAGGACUUUAUCAUUGAGGCGAUGUAAGCCUUGCUUGUUUUCUUAAACAGAACACGACUUUUGGAAAUAAUCUGCUAUAAAUUUAAAACUUAGUUAGGUUAAAAUUUUCCAUUUCUUGAAUUGUAAAAAACGUUGUUCCUUACACAAAUUUAAAAAAAUGAUCGCCAAUUUUCAUUUUGUUUCGUCGCCUUAAGCCCACCCUAGUACAUGAAAAUGCACGGCAUGCAGAUGCUGUUACACGAAGCCAACUGAAUUGCAAUGAUUUACUUGUGUGGCCUUCGUUCUGUCACAUCGUUGUUGUUUCGCUUGUGACUUCUUACGUUGACGAUGUCAAAGACUUCUCCGCUUAUCAUUUCCAGCGGCGCUCGUGGUCAGUUGAGAACGUACGUAUGUAUGUAUGUUUGUAUGUACUGUGUGUAAACAACACAAAUCAAUUGAUUGUUUGUGAAGUGCAUUGAUCUACUUGUGCGCUUGUUCAUGCAUACAUACAUAUAUAAACUUACAAAAAUGUACGUAUGUAAAUAUGUAUAAAUGUAUCAAUAUGCUUUUUAAAGAAAUAAAAUGCAUUUCUAUAAGAAUGCUUGAAUCUUUAUGUAAGUAAAUAAUCAGCGCGAAUACUUAAAAUGCCCAUUCAGCUGCUAACCUACAUAUGCAUACAUAUAUAUGUGAAUGGUAAUUAUGUACAUAUGUAUAGCAAGCAGAUAUUUAUUCUGCAUAGCUUGUAUAUUUUUAUAAAUUUGGUGCACUUCGCUGUUGAGCGCAACUCAAAAGCGAUGCUUUCAGUACAAAUUCGACACUUAACUGGUAUAGUAUGGGCACACUGGACCAGCAGACGGACAUUAUGCUUUCCUUUAAUUUCAUACGAGGAAUGCUCUUAUUGUUUAACCUAUUGCUUUGGUUUGCCGGUCUCUUGAUAAUCCUAACGGGUAUUUGGUUGCAAACAGAUUUUCAAAACUAUUUGAAGAUCAGUGGCGGUUACUCGAUCUAUGUGCCCUACCUGUUGCUCAUCGUUGGCGGCAUCUUGGUGUUCGCUGCUUCGUUGGCCUGCUCGUGUAUCGUGAAGGUGGAUCCGACGAUGCUGGUAAUUUAUGGCGGUUUUCUCAUUGCUGCCAUGUUCAGUUUGAUAUUAAUGUCCAUCUACAUAUACACUUAUAAGGAUAGUGUGAUAACUGGGUUACCGGCCGGUAUUGAACGGGAGGUUAACAGCUACAGUGCCUACAAAAAUGACCCGUUUCUAGCGAAUAACGCAACUCUCAUCGAUUAUAUACAGAAUAAUCUCGAAUGCUGUGGCGGCAAAAACCAUCUGGAUUGGCCGAAAGAUUCGCUACCGAACUCGUGUUGCUGGGACAGUGGCGAAAAUAAGAAUUGUUCAGACUAUCAAUUUGGACAACUCCAUGAAGUGGGUUGCUUGCCUAAAUUGAUACGACUUAUUAACACAAAUCUCACCAGCAUUGGCGUAAUGCUUUCGGUCUUGGCUUUAUUCCCGCUUUUCGCCAUGGUCUUUUCCUACUCGCUGGCCUCGGCAAGUAGAAGGAUUGGCUACCAGCCAAUCGGUUGAGUUCUAAUGUGUAACACACUUAUGUAUAUAUUUUUUUUUAUAAAUUUCAUGUAUUUUCCU